CUUGCGCUUUGCCCCUUUACUGCCCCCUCAUCCUCCCUCAUCUCCCUCUCUCACUGAGGUAAUUCGCCAUGCCAGGCAAAUACAUGGAUGAGAAGGAGGUUCCUCCGACCUUCUGGCAGAGAGUGAGGCCAUGGGUUUACGGUUUUAGCUUCGCCCUCAUCUUUGCCAUGACGGGUGUUGAGCUCGGUAUCGACGCUCAUAUCAUCAACAACCACGGCAACUUGGCCGAGGACUACCCAAGCCUGGAGUUCAAGAACAUUGUUGGCCUUAUCUUGUUCUCCUGUAUCGGCACGCUCCUAUAUGUGGUCGCGCACCCAUGGUCUGGUAUCAGGAUGUCGACGUUCUGGGCUUUCGUCUUCACCGUCUUCUGGGGAACUGCCGCCGGUGUGCUGAACCGUGUCGUUCCCUUCGAGGCCUUCAACUGCGGUAACCCUCGCGAUACUUUCCCUACCCAGUGGCAACCGUGGGCUCAUCAGUGCCGAGAGCUCGUUACCUUCCAAGCCUUCGCUUGGUCUCUUUGGGGCUUCUUCAUGUUCCACUGGCUCGGCUUGAUGGCUGAAGUCUUCGAGCUCAAGUUCAAGCCCAAGCCCGCUCCGUUCUACCGCCACAGGUACUUCGACACGGUCUAAAGAGACAAAGAUGCGCGAUGUUGGCCACGACAGCUCCGCUCAUGACCCCGUCACGCUUCUACAUAUUUCAUACAUCCGAAUGACAUUUUCUCUCGCUUAUUGUUUGGGCUGGUCGGACGUUCCUUCUUUGUCGGCCGCUCAGUCUCUUUGUUCCGCAUGUCAUGAAAACAUCGAUGACCGACCGUGUUGCCGUAAACCUCGGGCCUUGCGAGCUCCUUAAUCCCUGCUACUUGCAUGUUGUUUGUUGUGUAUUAGAUAGUUCACGUUGCAUAGUUGUUUAAUAGAAAUCAUAAGGUACUGCCGUC